CAUCCGCUGCUCGGUGGGUUUCUUUAGCUUUGGUCGAUUCCUGAUGACGGCCAUGGCGAGGUUCGUGGCGAAAACUCUUCCCCUUGCCUCCCGAUGCGCCAGUCGUCGUCCGCGGCCUCUCGCCGGCGCUUCCUCAUGGCGCCGGACGGCGCGGCCUCCGAGCCCUCCCCCCACUCCUUCUCCCCUUUCACAUUCGGUUCCCCUCCCUGCCUUCUUCUCUAAUGUUUCCGCCAGGGGAUUUCGGUCCCUUUCCGACAGUUCGUGCUCUUUGGUGCCGGCCUUUACCCGGGGUUAUAGGAACGUUAGGCGGAGGGGCCGGCUGCCGAAGAAGAAGCCGUUGGAACUCGACGUCAGGAUUUGCAUCGAAGAGGAAUUACCCGAUGAUCCUCAGAUUUUGAGCAUUGCAGAGACACUUCGGUCUGACGUUCCUGUUGCACUGAAAGUUGCACUUGACGGUUUAUUAGCUUCGAAAUAUAAUACAAGAGAUACUUCUAUAGAUGAUGUUAACAAGUAUGAAAAAGUUGAGUUAUCAGUAUUACUUUGUGAUGAUGGUUUUAUCCAGAAAUUAAAUAAGUAUUGGCGGGAUGUGGACCAGACCACUGAUGUUUUGUCCAUGUCACAACAUAUCCCUGAACUAGGCCAUCCCAUUCUUUUAUUAGGUGACAUAGUAAUUUCUGUGGAAACAGCUUCCAGGCAAGCACAGGAAAGAGGCUAUACACCUCUUGAUGAAAUUCGGGUCCUCAUGGUUCAUGGUUUGCUGCAUCUUUUGGGCUUUGAUCAUGAGAUCAGUCAUGAAGCUGAAGCUGAAAUGGAGAAGGAAGAAGAGCUAAUUCUUAGGAAUCUUGGAUGGAAAGGAAAAGGUCUAAUUAAGAGUACAAAUAAUUCCAGAAUUGCUGAAAGUCAUUCAACAAGCAGCCCAAAUGAACUUGUGAAAAAUGUGAAAAUGGAAGGCCAUUCAGGAUUAUAUGAAGCAAAAUUGAGUUAUAUGUUCUGUGAUGUGGAUGAUACACUUUUCAAUGGUAAAAGUCAAAUCAAUACAAGAAUGGCAGAGGCUAUGAGAGAGGCACUCUCAAGGGGAGCAAAAGUAGUCAUCGUUACUAGAAUGACCCGGUCAGCAGUAAUAAGAGCUUCAAGUUUGGCUAAUUUGGCAGGGAAAGAUGGUAUUGUAUCAGAAGCAUCACCUGGCAUUUUUCUACAGGGUUCUAUUGUAUAUGGGAGACGAGGUCAAGAGAUUUACAGAGCAAGUGUAGAUAAGAAUCUUUGUAGAGAGGCUUUUCUUUACUCUUUGGAACAUGAGGUUCCUCUUGUAGCAUUUUGUGAGGAUCAGUGUUUCACACUAUUUGAACAUCUGUUGAUUGAUUUACUUCAUACUGUGCAUCAUGAACCAAAGGCAGAGAUCAUGCCUUCGGUUGAGCACCUUUUAGCAGUUUCUGAUGUACAGAAGUUGCUUUUUCUUGGAACUGCUGAAGUGAUCUCUACGCUAAGGCCAUAUUGGUUGGAGGCAACACGAGGGAUUGCAGAUAUCGUUCAGGCAACGCCAGAUAUGCUUGAAAUUGUUCCAUGCGGAGCUGCAAAAGGCAGUGGCAUAAAGUUGCUCUUGGAUCACCUUGGAAUUGCUGCAGAUGAGAUUAUGCCACACUUUGAAGGUGAAGGUGAGAGUGAAUAAGUUGGAGACGCAGGCAUCAUCAGGCGUCGAACCAGGCAAAUGUCUAAACUGCAGUUUUGAUUAUUAGAGUUGCACCAAGUACACUGUAGAUGUUUUCGGCACAAAUCCUAGCAAAAAUGUUGCCAUUCAUGCUCUUCCAUUUCCUUGGCGCACACAACUACAGUCCUACCUACUCAAAAGAGGAAAUCAUUUCUUUCAUGGAACAAAGAGCAGAGGACAAUCCUUUUGCUUUUUGAACACUACCUAUGCAGUAGUUUGAUGAGGUGAAUCAAAUUAAGACGCAACGCGGUUUCAGUGGCUAGAAAAAGAUUCGUAUGGUAGGACUUAAAAUGGUUGGGAUAUUAGUGCAUCUUAUUGGUAUCACUCUCAUUUAACUUAAUGUUGUAAAUUCUAUCGAAGUUGGAAAAGGAUUGUAGUACCCCUUUGAUGUCAGUACACUUCCAUGUUGUCUUGUUA